AGAGGAGCAUGUUGAGAGCUCGACCCGUUGACGUUCGCGGACUUCCAAUGGAUGCCCGUUCCCCCGACCGGUCGAUUGCCGAAACUGCAUUGCAAUGUGCUCAUGGCACAAUUGCAGGAUUACUUGCACACCGAAGUACCAACUCCGUUGAUGGACGACAGAGUAGAGGUUGUCGACCUUCUCGCCUACAUUGUGAAGAUCGACCGCGAGUUCAGGACACAACGGUACGACGACAUCGACGCACCAUUGUUAUAUGUACGCAUUCAGAUCAGAGAGGCGACCUGCAGUGCUUUGAUCGAUUGCGGAGCAUCUCGCAACUACAUGAGCCAGGACUUUAUGGUACGCGCCGGCCUUGGCUCACGCGUCCGGAGGAAGUCCCAGCCUACGCAAGUCACGUUGGCAGACGGUCACACGCACAAGUCAAUCGAUCGGUGCAUUGAUGCCGUCCCCGUGUACUUUGCCCCGCAUGUAAGCGAGGCGGUGUCCUUUGAUAUUUUGGACACCAAAUCCGACAUGAUCUUGGGCAUGUCAUGGCUCCGGAGUUUGGACAAGCAUGCGGAACACCUGCGCACCGUUUUGGAAUGGCUACGACAAGCCAAGUACAAAGCCAACCGUGACAAAUGCGAAUUCGUGUGGCAGGAGCUGGAGUACUUAGGACAUUAUGUGACGCCGCAAGGCAUCCGUCCGCUCGCGGACAAGAUUGAGGUCAUCCGCGUAUGGCCCGACCCCACCAACACCACGGACGUUCGUUCAUUCAUGGGAUUGGCGGGCUACUAUCAGCGAUUCAUCACCGGGUACUCAAGGAUCGCUGCACCUAUGACGAGAUUACAAUCGCCAAAGGUGCCAUUCGUAUUCGAUGACGACGCACGCCGGUCAUUCCAAGCACUCAAGACGGCCAUGCUCAUGGCACCCGUCCUUAACAUCUAUGACCCCACCCUGCCUACAAGAGUGAUAACUGACGCUUCCGGCUAUGGCAUUGGGGCAGUCUUGGAACAACACGACGGCGACGACUGGCACCCUGUGGAGUAUUUCAGCCACAAAGUGCCUCCCAUCAACUCGCUUGAUGAUGCAAGGAAGAAGGAGUUGCUCGCGUUCGUGAUGGCUCUCAAGCGAUGGCGGCACUUCCUCCUUGGGCGUCGUAGGUUCACAUGGGUCACGGACAACAACCUAUUGACCUACUACAAGAUGCAGGAUACGGUGAGCAGCACGAUCGGACGGUGGAUGUACUUCAUCGACCAAUUUGACUUCACACCGAAACAUCUUCCCGGCCUUUCCAAUCGCGCAGCAGAUGCACUCUCGCGAAGACCCGAUCUUUGCGCUAUGACACAUCAUGCCUUCGCAUUCGACGAGGAACUUCAGCGACACUUCAUCCGGGGACAUGAGUCUGAUCCGGACUUCGCCACGUUCACGCCCCGCAAUCGCAACCCGUAUGGCGAGUUGCGCCCGAUGCCUAUCCCACUGGAGGUCGGCCUCUCCAUUGCCAUGGAUGUCACUGGACCAUUUCCCCUCGAUCCCCUUGGGCACGACGGUAUCCUCACGGUUGUGGACCGUUUGAGUAAGUAUGCGCAUUUUCUCCCUUGCAAGUACUACUCCACGGCUCCCGAGCUGGCACGCCUCUUGCACACCGGUUGGAUUUGCGGCCACGGUGUACCGGAAGACAUAGUCAGCGACCGCGACACUUGCUUCAUGUCGACAUUUUGGACCGCUUUCAUGCAAGAGUCCGGCACGAAGAUGAAACCAAGUUCGGCUCGGCGUCCACAGACGGACGGGCAAACGGAGCGGGCACAUCAAACCGCUCAAAUGAUGCUUCGUACGCUCAUCCGUCCGGACCAGAAAGAUUGGGUUGACCGCCUCCCCGACAUCGAGUUCGCCUACAACACUUCGGUGCACCCGGCGAUCGGCGUGAUUCCAUUCGAGUUGCACCACGGUGGACGGAAAGGCCGUAUCUUCGCCGACCUUCUCCUCCCACGACCAGCCGACAUCGACGCCGCUUGCUCCCCCGCUUCCGUCCGGAAGUACAGGGAAUUGCUGGCUCAAGCCCGCACGAACAUGCAAAAGGCUCAAGUCCGCAUGCAGGAGCAAGCCAACAGGCGUCGCGUGCCAUGUCCCAUCCACGCCGGUGAUCUGAUUUGGGUCUCCGCGGAAGAGUUUGCACUGGAACAGGAUGUUUCACUCAAACUGCUUCCCAAGUGAUUUGGACCAUGGCCUGUAACAUCAGCCGCGGGCGAUGAGCCCGAUGGCCCUUCAUUUGUGAUCAACAUCCCCGCGC